CCUCUCUCUCUCUGGUCCGGUCCGUUUCGGUUCAGUAUGGACUCUCUUCUGUGGUGCGGUGAAUCGGACCCGCUCCCUCUCCGAGCCCCGCUCGACCCGGCUCUCAGCGGCCGGCGGGCUCUGGACUCGCUCCUCCGGUCCGAAGAGCGCUACCUGCCGUCUCCGCUCUACUUCAGCGAGGUGCAGACCGGCGUGCAGCCGCCGAUGAGAGGCGUGCUGGCGGGCUGGCUGUUGGAGGUGAGGCGACCCGCUUGUAAUAAUGAACCGGGGUGCAGCCGGUUCGGAUCACAGCGCAUCAAGCUGAGGGUCCAGCAUCGGGGGUGCCGAGCACGCACAAGAGCUCUGGCUGAAGCUGCGGGAAAACAACUACAACUCCCAUUAUUAUCACGAUCCCUGCAGCUGUGCGGUGAGCACGCUUGCCCGGAGGAGGUCUUCGCGUUGGCCCUCAGUCUUUUGGACCGGUUCCUCUCCCUGGUUCCGAUGCAGAAGUCCCGACUGCAGCUGCUCGGAGCGGCGUGCCUCUUCCUCGCCUCCAAGCUCCGGCAGAGCGACGCGCUCCCCGCCGACAGCCUGUCCCGCUGCUCCGACCGCGCCUUCACCGCGCACGACCUGCGGGACAUGGAGCGAAUGGUCCUCACUAAACUGGGAUGGGACGUUGCCGGGGUCACCCCGCAGGACUUCCUACCUCAUUUCCUGUCUGCUGUAGGUCUCUCCACGGACGGAGAGGAUGAAUAUGGAUCUUUGAUCAGGAAACAUUGCCAGACCCUCAUCACCCUCUGCGUCAGUGACGUCACCUUCCUGGCCACGCCCCCCUCAAUUGUCGCCGCCUCCUGUCUAAGCUCCGCCCUAAAAGGGUUGGCCUCCAGGAGGGGUCCUUCAACCGAGCUGGGGCUGUCCAUUCAACUUGCCUGUCUGAUUAACACAGAUCCUGAGAUCUUGGUUUUGUGCUCCGGACUGAUCGAAGCCACGCUGAGCGAGAGAAUAAAAACCGGAGAGAGGAGGAGGAGGAGAGGAGAGAGGGAAGGGAAAAACGAGGUGACGGAGGAGGUGGAGAGAUCAACAACACCGACCGACUUCAGAGACAUCAGCCUUUGAGGCGCUGGAACCCAAGUCUCCCACCUCCCUGUCCUUCCACACUUCCCAGUGAGCCUCCUGUGUAAAUAUCUCAGUGUGUGUCCUGUCUGUCUGUCUGUCUGUCUGUCUAUCUCUGGAAAAACUACAAAGCCGAGUCAAAUUCAAUAUUCAAUAUGCCCAUAGCUGUGAUAGAGGUCUGUUUGUGAGCUGAGACCAGCAGCAUAAAGAACUACAGCUCCCAGCAUCCCUCGCCAGGGCCCGCUAGUGCAGAGGCAUGCUGGGAGCUGCAGUCCUAUAGCCAGGGCUGCCCCGGUUCACUGUGUCUCUAUGAAUCUUUCUUU